UCAUUGUAAAUAAUUAAUUCACAAAAUAUACCAUAUCCAUUGCAUGAAUUUUAUAGGAUUUAUUAUAAUAAUUUUUACUCAAAUACUUUUUUUUUCUUCUCAUUGGGCCCCUUAUGCCUUAUGGGGGAUCCCGGAUCCCCUGAGCCCCCCCCUUCAAUUCGAGCACUGGUUUUAGCUUAAUCCAGUACCGCGCCUUAGUUAAAGUGGCAGUAGUAACGACUCUGAAAAUUAUUUUCAGUUACAACAGCUCAAACAUUCAUGUUUAGUCUGGAAGCCUGGUCUGUGAAACCGGCAAUAAAAGUUUAGAGCUACUUCACAAAUGCUUGGUUCACAUCAAACGCAAACAAUCGCGUUCCACGGUCUUUAUUUCUCGCGGGAACGUUCGUUAUUUUCGCGUGAGUGACGCGAGCUGACAAAGAUUUUCAAUUUGCACGGAAGAGGAGAUUCACGCGCGUUUGCAUAUUCGUGUCUUCGCAUUGACGAUGUAUAUAAUUAAUUACAUGGCACUUUUUGUUAAUUUAACCAGUUUGUCCUAUUUCAAUUUUCUGAAAUUAAAUUCAAAUAAAAUAAAAGGAAAGGAAAUUUAAUUAAGAAUGUCGCAAAACUGUCAGUAGUUCACGGAAUUAAAAAUAAUAAUUUAGCUUAAAACACGCACCCAUAAACAGUGAAUUUAUAUGAAAAUGACACCUGUAUGUGUGUAAACGGGGGACCCCAAAAACUGAUGCACCUGAUUGGGACGAGCUUCAUUUUGACUGUUCAAAUUCAUUAGUGGAGUGUCAGCCACAUUGACUAUGUCGACUAGAAUAAGUUUUUUAUCAUUUUUUUAAACCUUUAUAGUUUUUAUAUAAUUAAUUUUUAUAGUGACACUUGUUUAAGUAAGUCGAGCAGCUAUACGUUUCAUAGUUUUUGUUAAACUGUUCAAAUCGACAGGCUAAUAAUAUCCUAAGGACUUACGUUAAGAAAGUUAAAAUAAAGUUAUAAAGCAAUAACCUUCAAUGUGACUGACAACUCCACUAACGAAUUUGAACAGUCAAAGUGAAGCUUCGUUUCUGUGUUUGUUUGUGUUGCGAGAAUUUGCCGCGCGAUACUGUGUUUGUUUGUGUUGCGAGUAUAUGCAGCGCGUUUCUGUGUUUGUUUGCGUUUGAGUAUUUGCAGGACAUUUGUCGCCAAACUAAUAAAGAAGCUUUCUGAAUUUGCUUGUGUUUUUUGUGUUUGCAUGUGUUUUCUUCUGUUGCAGCGCAGUGAGACCUAGCGGCCACCGUAUUUUACAGUAAAAGAUGUGGGAAAAUUAAGAUGUUAAAUGAGUUUAACUUCUGAACAGUAUUGCAAAAGACUGUUUACUAGUAAGUCUAUUAUUUAGAAAUAUAUUUACAUCAGAAGAAGAGCUCCCUCAAAGUUCUCUCAAACUUGAACAUGGGCGGUCACUUACCGGUCUGUGAUGUCAUUUCAUGAUGGAGUUCUCUGUCAGACGGCCCUUUAUAAAACUGUCUGUUAGUCAGUGAGUGCUACACUGUUAACAUACACAGUAGAUCUCUAAAAUGUCUUUCUACUCACCAUCAGGCUCGUGCUGCGUAAGUCCCACCGUGAAUGCCGUCCGGUUCGACACCGCGCACCGCAAGAAAGCGUCGGCAAACAUCUUCGAGAACAUCAACUGGGGCGUGCUCGUUGAACUCUUUGAGAAAGCGGGAGACACGAAGGCGAUCGAGAGAGCAAAGAUCAUUCUCACACAUUACCAGGACCCCGAGUGCAUCUCCAAAGCGCUCUUGACUCUUCAAACGGAUAAAAGAGACAGAUUCAUGCUCAUUACAGGACUGACGCGCCGGUCGUUUACACUUCGCUUAGGUGUGCAGAUGCGCAGGUACGCGCACUGAGAAAGAGGCCGUGCUCGUACAUCCAGACCCUGGAGGCUGAUGUUCUGAUGCUGAACUUGUGGUGGCUUUAUUCACCUAAACCCUGCUGUAUUGUGCGAACAUACAGAGAGAAGUGACCGAACUGUGGGUGGAGAAAAGUGGAGUAUUGAUGCUUUUUGAAACCUGGAGAACAUUCGAAACAGACUGAAGCAGUGGAUGCGAUUGUCAAGAGAUGUAGAAAUAGCCUACCAAUGAUGCAAUCUUGAAAUUGUUUUGGGAAGCAAUUCUGUUGGAUUAUUAUUUUUGGAUAUUCAGACAGUGUUAUGUCAACACACAUUUUGUAAAAAUAUUAAAAUUAUAUUUUUCUUUCAA